AUGAUGCCGGAGGGCCUUGUAGGUAACAGUGGGUGGUGGCACGUCACGGACGAGGGAGCGGCGUGGGCGGCGGAGCUGGCGGGCGAUGAAGACGAGGGAAAGGACGACGGGACAGAGGGCAGCACAAGCUCGCUCGGUGCCAAAGUUGAGAUGGUUCGCUUCAGGAUGAGUAUGUUUGAUGAACAAGUAGAAGAGGAAUAA